AAAGGAAAAAAUAAAACAACGGACUAGUUUAUUCACCGACCACCGUAUAUGUUUGCCGCCGUCAUCGCCGCCGGCGGGGAGUCGCGAAUGAUAGUUUGUAGGUCUCUGUUCAGAAUUAACCUUCUCUCUCGGGAAAGAGCAAACACUUGUGUAAAAUCAAAACCCUUGGUUUACUUUCAGAAGUGUAAUUUCUCCUCUGGUUUGAGAUGUAAAUCGAAAAUGGAAGCUGGAAAGGGGCGGAAAAUUAAUUUUGAUCGGAAUAAACGAAACAAUGUAACGCAAACGUGGAGGGAUGUGUCCACUCAACCUAAUUUAGUUGAAUGUGAAAGUAGCAACCGUGAGCCGGUUGGUCCCGCAAUCGAAGUUAGCAAGAAUGACGGAAAGUUAGCCCCUCCGAAUAAUCAUUCAGUGGCGGUGGAGAUUGGAUCGUCGUUAAUACAUUUCAUCAAAGGGAAAGGGCGAGGCGCUCGGGAGGAGAUUGAGAGGGAAACCGGAGUUAAGCUUAUAUUUCCAUCAUCUAAACAAGGGGAUUCCAUCAUAAUCGAAGGUAAUUCUGCUGAAAGUGUGACUAAAGCAUCUGAAAAGAUUCAGAUUGUUGUUGAUAAGGCAGUUAAUAGUCGAGAGCUCGACUAUUCUCACUUUGUUUCGCUCCCUUUGGCUGUUCAUCCCGGACUAGUUGACAAACUUGUCAAUUUCCAGAAUACAAUACUUGGAAUAACAGCGUCAGAUAAAGAAAAGAAUCCGGACAGUGAUACAGGUGGAGAAACUUCAGACAAGGAAGUGAAAGACCAGCAGUCGGAAAAAGCCGAUGCUCGUAAUAAAAUAAAUACGACGAGUGACCAGAAUUCAGAAAAAGCACCUCUCGUUGCUGUUGAACUCAAAGCUGAAGAUGCUGGUACAUCACGGAAAGUUAAUGUAACUGAUAUCCCGCUUGUGAGAUACUCUCCAAAAGAGUCGAAAGCUACUGUCUCAGAUACCAUUUCUUCUAAAUUGAAAGAGUCGGGGAUCGACAAGUCCAUAUUUAUCAAACCAAAAACUUUUCACUUAACUGUUCUCAUGCUGAAGUUAUGGAAUAAGGACCGAGUUAAAACAGCUGCAGAAGUUCUGCAGAAUGUCUCAUCAAAAGUUAUGGAUGCUUUAGAGAACCGGCCGAUUUCGAUCAGACUCAAGGGACUUGACCGAAUGAGAGGUUCUCUGGCCAAGGCUAGUGUUAUUUAUGCCCCCGUUGAAGAAAUUGGCGACGAGGGACGACUUCUACGUGCCUGUGAAGUCAUUACUGAUGCAUUCGUUGAGGCUGGCUUGGUAGUUGAAAAAGAUAUAGGGCAGAAGUUAAAGUUGCAUGCCACACUUAUGAAUGCACGUCAUCGAAAAAGAAAGGAUAGAACAAGAAAGUUCGAAUCGUUUGAUGCUAGAGGCAUUUUCGAUAUGUACGGUUCGGAGGAAUGGGGGGAGUAUCCUAUAAACGAGGCUCACCUUUCUCAAAGGUUCGUUUUCGAUGAUAAUGGCUAUUACCAUUGCUGUGCUUCGAUUCCUUUUCCUCAACAACAUGCGACAGCUGAUUGAUUUCAUUUCACCUUUAAAAUUUUUGUAAUUACUUAACUAGGAAAAAUAAACUUGAACACAUAUUUUCGUUUGAUAAGCUACGAAGUUGAAUUUGAACUAAUUGGUAAAAAUAUGUACAAAAAAUCAAGUUGCUCGAGCUUUUUUGAUGUUCGGUUUGAUUAAAGUUCGUUUGUGUCUUGACUC